CCAGGGACCCGCGGGCUGGAGCUCCCCGGUGGCCGCGGCCACAAAGGUCACCUCUGUGUCUCCGGAGACGCCGGCGGCCGUGGCCCCUCCAGCCCAGGCGCCCGAGCCGCCCCCCGUCACCCCCACCGAGAGCCUGCCCGGGGGCCCCGGGGCCGGACCGGAGCCGCAGUCCGGCCCGCGCUGCAGAGCGGCCGGCGUGGGGACGGCGCGGAGCUCCCCGGCACAGGCAUGAGCCAUGAGCCCAAGUCCCCUUCACUAGGGGUGCUGUCCACCGCGACCAGGACCACCGCCACCGUCAACCCCCUCACCCCCGCGCCUCUCAAUGGCGCCCUGGUGCCCAGUGGCAGCCCGGCCACCAGCAGCGCGCUGUCGGCCCAGGCCACGCCGUCCUCCAGCUUCGCCGCCGCGCUGCGCAAGCUCGCCAAACAGGCGGAGGAGCCCCGAGGGUCUUCACUGAGCAGCGAGUCCUCCCCCGUGUCCUCCCCCGCCACCAACCACAGCUCCCCGGCCAGCACGCCCAAGCGGGUGCCCAUGGGCUCCAUCAUCGUCCCGCCGGGGGGCCACAGCGUGCCCAGCACGCCCCCCGUGGUCACCAUCGCCCCCACCAAGACCGUCAACGGCGUGUGGAGGAGUGAGGGCCGCCAGGACGCCAGCUCGCGGGGGCCCAGCGGCGGCCGGGAGCGCCUUGUGGUGGAGCCAGCGCUGUCCCAGGAGAAGGCGGGGGGCCCAGCCAUUCCCUCUCACCUGCUCAGCACCCCCUACCCCUUCGGCCUGUCCCCCAGCUCCGUCGUGCAGGACUCCCGCUUCCCACCUCUCAACCUCCAGCGGCCCGUGCACCACGUGGUGCCCCCCAACACGGUGACCGAGGACUACCUGCGGAGCUUCCGGCCCUACCACACCGCCGAGGACCUGCGCGUGUCCUCCCUGCCCCCCCUCAGCCUGGACCCCGCCACGGCCGCGGCCUACUACCACCCCAGCUACCUGGCCCCUCACCCCUUCCCCCACCCCGCCUUCAGGAUGGACGACUCCUAUUGCCUGUCGGCCUUGAGGUCCCCGUUCUACCCCAUCCCCACCCCCGGCUCCCUGCCCCCCCUGCACCCGUCGGCCAUGCACCUGCACCUCUCCGGGGUCCGCUACCCCCCCGAGCUCGCCCACUCCUCUCUGGCGGCGCUGCACUCGGAGCGCAUGUCGGGACUCAGUGCCGAGAGGCUGCAGAUGGAUGAGGAGCUGCGGAGGGAGCGGGAGCGCGAGCGCGAGGCCGACCGGGAGCGCGAGAAGGAGCGCGAGCGCGAGCGGGAGCGCGAGAAGGAGCGGGAGCGCGAGCGCGAGAAGGAGCUGGAGCGGGAGAAGGAGCGGGAGCUGGAGCGGCAGCGGGAGCAGCGGGCCCGCGAGAAGGAGCUGCUGGCCGCCAAGGCGCUGGAGCCCGCCGCCUUCCUGCCGGUGGCCGAGCUCCACGUCCUGCGCGGCGCCCACGCCCCCGAGGAGCGCGCCAAGCCCUCGGAGCAGCUCACCCCGACCCGAGCAGAGAAGCUGAAAGACGCGGGCCUGCAGGCCCCGAAGCCCGUGCCGCACCCCUUGCACCCGGUGCCCGCCCCGCACCACGCCGUGCCCGGCCUCAUCUCCGGCCACGGUCUCUUCUCCCUGCCGGGCAGCAGCGCCACGGCCCUGCUGAUCCAGCGCACCAACGAGGAGGAGAAGUGGCUGGCGCGGCAGCGGCGCCUGCGCCAGGAGAAGGAGGACCGGCAGUCGCAGGUGUCCGAGUUCCGGCAGCAGGUGCUGGAGCAACACCUGGACAUGGGCCGACCCCCGGCGGGCGCCGAGGUGGAGCCCCGGCCCGACGGCACCAGGCCAGGACCAAACCGCCACGAGCCGGGCAGCCGCGAUCCCCCGCAGCACUUUGGGGGGCCUCCGCCUCUCAUCUCCCCUAAGCCCCAGCACCACACCGUGUCCACCGCCCUCUGGAACCCGGUGUCCCUGAUGGACAGUACCCUGGAGACGCGGCGGGCUGAGAGCCACGGCCUGCACGGCCACCCGGCCGCCUUCGAGCCCAGCCGCCAGGCCGCGGUGCCGCUGGUGAAGGUGGAGCGGGUCUACUGCUCCGAGAAGACCGAGGAGCCGCGCAAGCGCGAGCCGCCCGCCCGGGACGCCGGCAGCCUGGAGCCCCCGGCCUUCCCGCACGGGCCAGGGCCCUUCCUUGCCGAACUGGAGAAGUCCGCGCAGACCAUCCUGGGCCAACAGCGGCCCUCCCUCCCCCAGGCGGCCUCCUUCGGGGAGCUCAGCGGGCCCCUAAAGCCUGGGUCCCCCUACUGCCCCUCCACCCCCAGAGGUCCUGACCCCUCCUACAUCUACGAUGAGCUUCUGCAGCAGCGCCGGAGGCUGGUCAGCAAGCUGGACCUGGAGGAGCGCAGGCGGCGGGAGGCCCAGGAGAAAGGAUACUACUACGACCUCGACGACUCCUACGACGAGAGCGACGAGGAGGAGGUCAGAGCCCACCUCCGCGGGGUCGCCGAGCAGCCGCCCCUCAAGCUGGACACGUCCUCUGAGAAGCUAGAGUUUUUGCAACUUUUUGGCUUGACCACCCAACAGCAGAAGGAGGAGCUGGUGGCCCAGAAGCGGAGGAAGCGGCGGCGGAUGCUGCGGGAGAGAAGCCCGUCCCCUCCGGGCACCCAGAGGAAGCGGCGGACGCCGUCGCCCAGGCUGGCCCUGUCCACCCGCUACAGCCCCGACGAGAUGAACAGCAGCCCCAACUUUGAGGAGAAGAGGCGGUUCUUGACCAUCUUCAACCUGACCCACAUCAGUGCCGAGAAGCGGAAAGACAAGGAGAGACUUGUUGAAAUGCUCCGUGCCAUGAAGCAGAGGGCACUGUCGGCAGCGGCCGCCGACGCGGUGACGAGCUCUCCAGGGGACAGCGCUGCCGUCUCCCCGAGUGAACCAGCCACACGGCCGGCCUCUCCCGACACCGACCAGCCCGUCGGCGCCGCCACCUCCCUGUCUGAAGUCACCGAAGCCGCGGAGCCCGGGAGGCCGGAGCAGCUCCGGCCGCAGGAGCCGGCGCCCCCCGGCGGUGAGAAGGCCAGGCCGAGCGAAGCUCCCCGGGGCAAGAAGAGCCUGAGCAUGCUGCACUACAUCCGGGGCGCCACGCCCAAGGCCAUCCCUGUGCCGUUGUCCCACAGCGUCAACGGGAAGAGCAAGCCCUGGGAGCCCUUCCUGGCUGAGGAGUUUGCACACCAGUUCCACGAGUCGGUGCUGCAGUCCACGCAGAAGGCCCUGCAGAAGCACAAAGGGAGCGCGGCUGUGCUGUCUGCAGAGCAGAACCACAAGGUCGAUGCUUCUGUCCACUACAACAUUCCCGAGCUGCAGUCCUCCAGCCGCCUUGCCCCGCCCCAGCACAACGGGCAGCCAGAGCCCGCGGCGGGCGCCCACGGCCCCCUUGCGCAGGAGACAGACCGAGAGUCGGAGGAGGAGGAGGAGGAUGGCGAUGAGGACAGUGAGGACGAGGAGGACGAGGAAGCCCCCAGGCGCAAGUGGCAAGGGAUUGAGGCAAUUUUCGAAGCUUACCAAGAACAUAUAGAAGAACAAAACCUGGAGCGGCAGGUGUUGCAGACACAGUGCCGGCGGCUGGAGGCCCAGCACUACAGCCUCAGUCUGACUGCAGAGCAGCUCUCCCACCGCAUGGCGGAGCUGAGGAGUCAGAAGCAGAAGAUAGUGUCGGAAAGGGAGCGCCUCCAAGCAGAACUGGACCACUUACGCAAGUGCCUUGCCUUGCCUGCAAUGCAUUGGCCGAGGGGCUACUUUAAAGGGUACCCCAGGUGACGGUUUCCCUUGCACAGGCUGAACCUAUAGUAUAGAAAUAUUAUCUAUUUUAUUACCUUGAAUAUUUAAUAUUUUUCACUGGGAGGUUUGAAGCUUAAAAAACAAGAAUGUGCCAUGCAUGAAGCAAAGGAUUCCAGGCUCCAGAACAACAAACGAACGACUUCACCUUGACUUCAAUACAGUCAGAUCGCCUUUGUCACCCAGCGAGCAGCCAGUGCAGAAGGCCUCGAGCUUUCCUUCCUCAUGGUGGUUUUAUUCCUUCUUCCCCCACACAGGCCUUUUUGUUGUCGUUCUAAUCUGAAAAUGAAGGCUCCCUUCCCAACAGUAACCCCCUGUCAUGCAGCGCCCCAGUGCAUGUGCGGGGCUGCAAGUCCGCUGGCUGUUUCCUGUGCUGCCCUGUUAGCGCACAGGCCCGCGGCCCCCGGGGCACAGGGCUCACCCUGGCUGCAAAGCAGGCUGGGUGCAUUGUCAGUGACGGCCUUGCCUCACUUUCCGACAUACAAAAGCUGUUUGUCUCCAAAGCCGCAGGUCCUGGGGGCACGCAGAGCAAUCCCUGGAAAUGCUCUCACCUGACAAUAAAUCCACAAGCUAAAGGUACCUUUUGUCACUCGUGGGGGAGAAUGUACAGAGCUCUAUGUAGACAGAUCCACCCGCUAAAUUGUUACUGGAGUGGGUGAUGGUUUCAUACAAACAAAUUUUGAGAGAAAAGUCAAAGGUGCUUCAGCCUUGUACUGUGUAUAUAUAUUAAAAAAAAGUUUUGUAUGUUUUUAUUACUUUAAUUAUUGUUAUAAAAAGCCUGCCAUUUUUAAUAUGUGGUUUGGGGGAAUUUUUGUUUUUCCUCUUUGGGGGUUUUGUUUGUUUUUGUUUUUUGGGGGGAAAAUCCCUUGCUUUUAGUGUUUGUACUGCUGCUGGUCAGGACAUUAAAAUAUUGAAGUGUUUUUAAAAAUUAAAAGGAGAAGCAAAGUAAAAAGAGCUUACCACUGGCGCCUAUGCGAUCACUUCGUUUUUGCUUUGACUUGCACCAGACCCUGAUGCAGAAGCCACGAGGUCCUCCUGGCCAACUCCUGCCCCCGCCUGACUAGAGCAGGUCACGGCAGCCAGGGCACAGCCGUGGCACAAGGGGGCAGUCGGUGGGAGCACGCAGAUCCUGUGCGAGUGCGUAGCCACGCACAUGCCCGGCUCAGAGCAGGGAGCCAUGUCUGCUGGGGAACUCUAACGGGGCCAAGCGCGGGUAGACCCGGAACCCGAGUGGUUGCUGGGAUGCCAGCUUUGUACAAGCCUCAGGUAGGCCCCUGAUCCCGCCGCCGGGCUGCACUGGCGCGGCUGCGUGGUCGCAGUCCUCUGGGCAGUGUUGGAUCCAGAUCAGUAGGCACCUCCUGCUGGAACAGGUCCUAACCCUUUGCUGGCCUGGGGGCGGGGAGGGGCCCAGGCCAACCUUUGCUGGCCACCAGCAGCUGCGCUUACUGGCUGCUGCUCCCGGGGGCAGCGCCCUGAAUCCCAGCCCUUGCUGAGCCGAGCAGCUUGCUGACAGCUGGUAUGGUGUUGCUUAUCUGCCCCCACACAGUUCGCUUUGUACGUCUGCCAAGAACCUUCCAGUUAUUAGCAAACUCAGACAGAAAAGCGCCGCCAGUCAGCAAGCACCUCCCUCCACCCCCGGGAGGCCUGGAAAAAGUAAAAAGCUGUGCCCAGGCCUCUUCCCCUGCAGACUAAGCCACAGUCGGGGCAAAAUGUCACUUUUCUACUUAUGACCUGCUUGCUCUCUAUGGAGAAGGCUUAAGAGUCACACCUGAGCACUCCACACGUCCCACACCUGGUGGCUUUGGCUAAAACCAAGGGACAAGUAAAUUAACCUAGAGGAAGAAAAGGCUGGGCCUUCUCUGCGUCUGAGAGAAGUGCCCUUGUUGGGUGUUAGGGGGGACGGGCACUGAGUCAGGGGCAAGUGCCCCCCAAUGGAAACGGCUCCCAUCACUCCUUGCCAUUCCCCCAGUCUGUUGACAUUCAAGUGCUCUUGUGCUCAAGUGUAGUAAAGACAAUCAGCGCAAGCUCAGACCAGUAAGGCAGCAUGCAGAAACUGAGGUAAGAAAGGUGCUUGCACGUGCAAAUGCCAGAGUACCUAGCAAUGGCUUUCCUCCCAAGAAUUUGCUUUGUAAUCUGGAAACACUUAUUUUCAGAUGACUCUGAAAGAACACAGAACAUCUAAGUCUGUUAACAGAGGACAAAAUGCAGUCAUGCAGUCGCUGAAGCUUGAAUUUAAAAGCAGCACAUCAAAUUUUGUCUAUAACCAAUGGUGCAAGUGUGUCAGUAUUUCUGUGACUACUUUGGUCCUCCUCAGCUACGUGUCUUCCCACAUCACCUGGAAGAGAGCUCCCAUCUGUCCCCUGACGGGGAAGUCACUAGACCAGUGAUAAAGCUCCAUCAUCUUUAAAACCAGCUGUUCUUACUCACUUUGUUGUAAACAUGGCAAAAUGCCAAGCUCCCUGCCAUUGUCUCAGACAAGUGAUCAAAAUAGGAUUUGCAACAUUUCAGUCUAUAUGCUAAUUGUGUAAAGAGAUAAAACACGGGGCAAGCACUCUACCACUAGGCCACAUUCUGGCACUAAACUACAGUAUAAUGGAUUGCACCCCCAAGAAAAUUCAGAUUAUUAAGAGGAACCUACACCAUCAGGAAAAAUCUACAGCAUGGGAGAUCCUGUUUGUAGCAAAACUGUAUUUUCCUCAAGUGCUCACAAUACUGCCAAAUCUCAAAGAAAAAAACAAUAAAAAACCCACCAAGUAGCUAAGCUCGCAAGCCCAUACAUAGCCCCUUUCCCUCUGGAGCCACACACAGCACAGAAAGGCAGAUACCAGCACCAGAGGGAGCUGGCUAGCACAGACAGACAGCUUCUCAGCAGCAAUCUGUAUUCAAGUAACCAAGCUUUGACUUCACUCCUUGCCGUAGCCUGUCCCCAACCUUUGACCCCGUGCUCAUGAAACUCCUAACCUCUGCCUUGACCUAGGGGGGCCAUCCCACGGGUGAUGCGUGCUCCCGUACCUGUGCUCAGCACCAGGGUGGGCAGGAGGGAGGGCAGCGGUGCCUCGGUCACUGGGGGCAGUUUAGAUGCUGUGAAAUGAAACCUGUUUUAAGUGUACUUGUUUAACUGUAUUGUAAUAUUAUUUGUUGAAUGUAGUAAUUAGGUAUUUAUGAAUAUAUUGCUGUAAUUUCUGACAUCCAAAAAAUAAAAUCGUCCUAAAUCA